AAGAUGGAUCCACAACUGAAGAACAAAGUGGUGAUUAUAACAGGAGCAAGUUCCGGAUUUGGGAGAGGUACAGCCGUACAAUUUUCUAGACUAGGGUGCAGGUUGGCUCUGAUUGCCAGAAGAAAGGAAUUACUCGAAGAGGUUGCUGCGGAAUGCCGCGCUCAAGGAGCACCGCAGGUUUUAGUUUGUUGUCGUGAUGUGUCUAUUGAAGAGGAAUGUGUUGCAGUUGUUCAAGAGAUAUUUCAAGCUUUCCAUGGAAUUGACGUCCUUGUUAACAAUGCUGGAUGUCUUUCCAAGAGAUCGACUUUGGUAGAAGCCACGACUGAGGAUUUUGACAAAGUAAUGAAUAUUAACACUAGAUCUAUAAUGACGCUAACUCAACAGUGUAUUCCACAUCUCACUAAAUCUAAGGGUUCUGUAGUGAAUGUCUCCUCUAUUCUUGGGACCCAUGCUGUCCCAGGGUUAGCUCCAUACAAUAUGAGUAAAGCUGCACUGGAUAUGCUUACAAGGAUAUCAUCUCUAGAAUUGGCCGAAGUGGGAGUAAGGGUUAACAGUGUUAACCCAGGGGUGGUAUAUACUGAGAUUUUUGACAACUUAGGCAUGAGUGCCACUGAGAUGGAAGAAUUUUUGAAGAAAGGUUGCGACAUGCAUCCAAUGGGACGUCUUGGGACCAUUGAAGAGGUUGCAAACGCAAUAAUCUUCCUGGCUUCAAGUCUAUCCUCAUUUACCACAGGCCAGCUGCUGUAUGUUGAUGGAGGUUUUCACAAUACCACCAGCACCAAGUCCUGGCAUUUCUAAUCUGGAACCUUAAAUGGACUGUAGAUGUAAACUUAUAAGUUAUAAAUGCUAUUUGCAGCUUAAAAGUUUAGUACGAUCGUGGGUCGUUUUUAAAAACAAUCGCUUUUUCCUGAAAACGAAAAGAUCGUUUUUGAAAACGAUUGAAAACAAACAAAAAAUGAUCGUUUAACGAUCGUUUUCAAAAACGAUUAGAAACUCUAUUUACAGCGGUAUACCCUUUUAACAUUUGUCUAAACUAUAGUUUGAUUAAUUAUAAGGUUGAAAUUGAAAGAAAUAUACUUAUUAUUAGUUGGAUAUCUAUUAUUUGCAACUGCAUGUGGUUUGCUGAAAAUAGUGACUUUUGGAUUUGUGCUGCAGUGACGCGAUCCGAAAGUUGACAGAAUAAAACACUUUUCUUGAGAUAACUAUCUUACAUAUCUAUAAAAGAUAACUUAUUUUUACGAAGGGAGAUUUAUAAUUUAAUUAAGUUACCGCUGUGAAUUAGACAUGGCUGCACUACAGUUCUAUAAAAACAAGAGCAGCAAACGUGCAGUACAUUUUUAAUCAUUUUAAGCAUAAUUAUUGUUUCAUGUUUCAUUUAUUUUCUAAGCU